UCAUGCUCUGAUAUCACAUGGGUACUCCUUAGUCCUAAUGGAUUAAAUGGGGCUGAGCUGUGAUGCAAAGCACAGGGGCGCCGCAGCCUCCAUGUCAAUGGGGUCCGCAAAUAAAUCCGGAGAGCACACGGAUCACAACCAGAUUUUUCGGACACUGUGUAAAUGUAGCCUUGUAGGGCUGACAACAAGCAGUGUUAUUAGUUCUAAGAAUGAGGUGUCGGACUCCCCUCAGAUUCCAGCUCUGUCCGCUCCGGCCUUAUAGGAAGUGAAAGCAAAACAACUACUGCCUGUACUUUGCAUGGCACCAGUAAUAGUUUUUCCCCCCUCCCCUGCUUUGCAGGAUGGUACGCCCCAUACAGGUCAGUACUAUUACCACUAAAGAGGGGUGACCGCACAGAAGUAGUACACUCAGACCAUCAGGUCUCUGUGUCCUCCUCACACCGCGGAUCCCCUCCCGCUAUGAGACCGCCCCGAUACCUCCCCGGCCGCCGACACAGGAAGGAGCGGGGGCAGUAUGGCAGAGCGGCUCAUCAGCUCCUUCGGAAAUCUGCGCCUGGACGAGCGGCGCCCCCACCGGCAGCCUCACCACAGACCCCCGGCUCAGCCCCGCCACAGUCCCGCUCCUCCGCCCUCCAGGUUCACCAGGCACAUCUACCUGCUGCGGGGGCUGCCGGGCUCCGGGAAGAGCAGCCUGGCCAGGAAGCUGAAGAGAGAUUUUCCCAGCGCGGUUGUGUUUAGCACGGAUGACUAUUUCUUAAUGGAAGAUGGGACCUACAUCUACGAUCCUGAUCUACUGCAAGAUGCUCACAAGUGGAAUCAGAAGAGAGCACGCAAAGCAAUGACCAGAGGGAGGACUCCGAUUAUCAUAGAUAACACCAACAUUCUGGCCUGGCAUAUGAAGCCUUAUGCAGCCAUGGCCCUUGAGAACGGAUAUGGAGUUAUAUUCCUGGAACCGAACACACACUGGAAGUUCAAUGUACGAGAGCUAGCCAGGAAUAGCCACGGAGUCCCCAGAGAAAAGAUCCAACACAUGAAAGACGCUUAUCAGCACAAUGUCACCUUCCAAAUGGUCCUCCGUGCAGAAAAGCCAAACUAAAACAUGAUGCAGAGGAGAAACAGAAGAUAGAGGCAAACCGACAUCACCCUAAGGAAAGCCCAUAUUUAAUGGCCCUUAACAUCCACAACAGCAGGAGGCUUGGUGUCCUAGCCAGGUAGUACCCCCAACAAGCACUCAUUCCUGCUCACCAGACCUGGAGGUAGGUAUUCAUAGGUCUUACAUUACUCUCUCUACGGCUCAGGAGCUCCCAUGGGGAAAGCCUGGGGGUCCAGAGAUUUCCACUUUUGAACUUCAUACACAUUGGCCCAGGUUUACUUGUGUGUUUGGGCCUCAGAUCGGUCUAAUAAGUGGCGCAACUAGGGUCCCUGCACCACAUUUGCUAUCCAGCCUCAGCUACUGUGAUAAAUCCAAGUUUACACCUACAGCAUUAGUAAGUCUGAGCCAUUAUAGGUGUCCAUCAUUAAAGGGUAU